AUGGCUUUAUCAUCACCUUCUACUCCCUGCUCCUCUCCUCCAUCAUCACAGACCCAGGAGCUAGCGCAGAUUGAGCUCCAGGACCGAUUAAACCUCCACAGCAUCAAAGCCCUACACUACAUGCGAAGCCAGCGGCCUAAGAAUACAUCCAAGGCUUAUGUUAACAAGCAUAAGGAAUGGCAGGUAAAGGAACACCCUUGUGACCUUGUCUCUAGUUCGUACGAGAAGCUAAACGAGAUGCUACAGAGCUUCUGCAAAAAGCAGGGCUUCCCAGACGGCGAACUAGUCACAGAGAAGAAGCUUGUCUACUUUCUUGACACUGAGGUUCUUAAUCGACCUCUUCGGUCCUCUCAAUAUAAGAAGGAUCGUACACGGCCAGAUGGAUCAAAGGUAGAACAAACCCUAGGAAGCAAUUCAAUCACUCAAUAUAUCAAUGCUAUUGUGGACCUCUGGAAGUUCCAAAAAAGCAUUGGUACGAAUAGCUUCCCUAACCCCCGUGGAUAUGCUGUUUCCGCCUUGAUGACUGGCCGACUACAUAAGGAAAGCGAGCGAAAGCGCGAGCAGUAUCUUGACCGAGCUGCAGGCACCCUGCAGGAUGGAUAUUCCAAGGAUAAAAUCAAGGACUUCGUACGAUACUGUUGGCAAGGAUGGCGAACAAAAGAUCUUAAGCAUCGAAAGCCUCAAGCUCAGGAGUCCUAUCUUCGCACGGCCGUGGAUUUCCUUUUCAGUCACAAUAUGCUCCUUCGUGGAGAAUCGCGCCGGCAACUCCAGUUUCCUGACCUGUUCACUAUCUCCUUACCCAACGAAGGACCGACCCCCUGUUGGCCAAUGAUCAUGAUUAUGAAUAAUGGAAAGACUAACCAGUUUGGCCGCUUGCAGUAUAUGGGGGUAAUGCGCCAUCAGGAUCCUCUCCUUUGUACGAUGAGCCAGGCGGCUUUUUAUCUCUUUUAUCGCUGGCAGAUAGUAGGGGAGUCGCCACCUCGGUUUCGGAGCCGACCAGAGUGGUAUAAUUUCCACUUCUUCAAGGGCUCAGAUCGAGAGAAGCCAAUCUCGUACGAAAUCCAGCUGAAAUGGGCCAAUGAGGUCUAUAAGGCAAUCAAUCUCUCUACCGACAAGAAGACACAUGCAGGCCGAGCUCAGGGGACAAAACAAGCCGAGCUAGAAGGCGUGGAAGAGAACCAGAUCCGCCGUGCUGGUCAAUGGAAUCAGGAUGCCUUAACUAACUGCUAUCUGACGCAUCUGCCGCGGAAAUUCCUUCGUUCUAUGGCUGGUUUCCAGCCUGAUGCAAUUGGGAACUACUAUCUUCCUCGAGCAAAAAUUCAACCUCCAGAUUCCCUCGUACGAGCUCUCUGGCCAUGGAUCGAUCAGUGGCUUGCCUGGUUCCAGUCCAACGAUCCUACAAAUGAGCCACCUAGCGGGGCUACUAGUCAGGAACAGGAAGACCGAGAUGAUAUGGCAGCCCAAGGCUUUUUCCGGCUACUGAAUCAACUACGGAUCAUCCUCCUCCAGGACUCGGUUCUCCUACAGGCGCAAUUUCCCCGGCAUUCAAUGUGGGAUGACCCUAUUUUUGCACGAGAAGACUAUACUGCAUUUGCAGAGCAAAUACGGCAGUCCCUUCUUUGUACGGAGACCCCUCAGGAGAUUCAGCUCCGGCAGACGCUUCCUAUUAUUGCCGACCGUCUUAGUGUCCUCCAGAAGGAUAUCCAUCAGGUGGUUGAUCUUCAUGGUUAUCAGGCCCAUGAACAGCUUAGAAAGAUUUCUCGCCAGCUUCAUGAUCUCCUUUCUGGUCACGUUACCUUUGCCGUACGAGCCAUGGAUACCUCUAUUAUCGAAGCGCGGACACCAGACUCGGACUCAUUCACACCGUCCUCUCAGCUAGCAGCAUGUCUAUCGGAGGCAUCAUCUUUGCAGCCUCCUGUAGAUAAGCAGCAGCUUCUCCCACAGGGGAUCGAUACUCCCUCCUCUUUAUUAUCCCCCUCUCGGUCUCUCUACUCGCUCUCUCGUACGAUACAGACUGUGCCGGAGGUCUGGAGAGAAUGGACAUGUGGGUUAGGUGCAAAUCCAUCUGUCCAGUCAUUAGAGAGAUCGUAUGGUGCGACCUGGCGGCCUUCCUCUCGCGAAAGGGUCAUGUUUUGCCGCCGAAAAGUUAUCAUCGACGAGAUCUACGCUAGAUAUGGUAAGGGCCUGUCUCUGGAUGCAGCUGUUGAGGAGCUAGAGCUUGUACGGUGCAGAGGCAAGCUUUCGCUUUACCAGCUAUCUCAGCUUCUCUCAAAAGCUCGCUAG